AUGAGCUCAGUACUGACCCCUACAGGGAGGCAGAGGUGGAUGCAGAUAGUGAUGAUGGAGGUGGAGGAAACUGAGGAGGAGAAGCUGACCUGUAAUUCAACUGUUGCAGAGCAGCUGCUGGACUCCUACAGGAUGAACUCGGCCGUGGAGCUCCGGCUGUUGACCCUCGCAGACCGCUUCCAGCGCCAGUUCUCCAUCCUCCACCCGGACCGGAGGCCCCUGCUGCUCAGCCCGGCGAACGAGUGUGGCGUUCAGAAGUUUGUGUGCACCACCCUCCGGCCUUCCUCCUCAAGCCGAGUGGAGCUUCACACGUGGCAGGGCUGCGCCGCCUUCGUGGCUGACGUCCUCAUGCUGGAGCCUCUGGAGCCGCCGACAGAGCUGCCCCGCUCGCUGUCCUCGCCGUCCUCCGUGCUGCAGCGUCAGACAGCUUCCUGUUUCGAAGCGGCCGCCCUGCUGUGCAGCCUGCUGCUCGGCGCCGACUACGAUGCCUACUGCGUCAGCGGCUACGCAGACAGGGAGAUGUGUCUGCUGGAUCGGAGCCGGGAAGACUGCCCCCUGCUGGACGGUCCCCAGCAGAACCGUCCUCUGGAGGACGCAGAGGCUGAGAUUUCAGAGCAGAAACAGCAGAAGUGUAAAUACGGCCUGAGACCAGAGAGGGAGCCAGAGAGCAGAUACCUGAGGAGGCUGGAGGAGAGCAAGAAACAGGAGGAGGAGGCUGUGCUGCAGGACCAGAAGCUGCAGCAGCACGAGCGGCAGCCGCCUCCGGACGCCCUGCACGGCCUGCGGGUGCACGGCUGGGUGCUGGUGCUGUCGGGGAGUCGCGGCGUUCAGGAGAACUUCUUCAUCGACCCUCUGAGUGGACGCAGCUUCCCGACACACAGCCGCCGCUUCCUGGGCAUCGAGAGUGUCUGGAACCAGUCCAACUACUACACCAACAUGCAAGACUGCAGGGAGGGCUGCAGGGAGAUGAUCUUUAACCUGGAGGAUCUGGAGUUCUGGGAGCCGCUGUUGUUUGAAGCGGUCAGCCGGCGUCAGCUGUUGGCCGAAGCCCAGAUGAGAGAAAUGACCGGGGCGACCGAGGAAACGGCGGAGGAGCUGCAGAUCAGAGUCGUGGACAUGCCAACAUCCUGGGUCGGCCGUAUCAAUCCCACAGAGCUGCAGCACUGCUGGCCCGGAGGACAGAAACAGACUCUGUACUGGAAGUCGAAGCUGGAGAGGUUCGCACCGCGGCUCCGGACCGACGGGCUGACCACACGAUGGACGGCGUACAGAGACGUCGGCCGAACCGAGGUGACCUCGGUGAAGGAGAGGUUUAUGCACAGAGCCGACCUGCUGCAGGAGAGAGAGCUGCAUCCAGCCGACAGCCGCUCAUCAGAUCGCUUCCACCCGGGGAAAAUCUUCCACCUCUUAUCGUUCACCUGCAGACCCCAGGGCUCCGGCGAGGAGCAGGAGAUGGAGUUCAGCUCCGCCUGGCGCACCGAUCGCUUACGGCGCAGACUUCUGACUCCGCACCAGAUAUGUGAGACGUUCGAGGGCCGUGGAGACUUCCUGUACUGCCGACAAGUAGCUUUCAGCCAACCCUUUGACGUCAGGGAGCACGCUCUGGACUUUGAUGUUCCUCUGAAGGAGGUGGUGGAGCGUUUCCACAGGAACGAAUCCCUGCCAGCCAACCGGGACGUGGCUCGGCGAGUGUUCGCCGUGUCCGAGCGAUACGUCCAGCUCACACACCACCUGAUGGAGUCCAGGGUCGUCCCCUCCAGGACAUACAUACACCUUGACUCCGCAGAGCGACGCCCGUUCGGAGAGAUUUACAAGAACUUACAGACACCCACUAGGCUGACUCUACUGAACGAGGAGUGUGAGCUGAAGAGCAAAGUCUUUCAGUCUUUAGCUGAGACGAUCGCCAUCAUUCAGCUCAGAGAGCAGGAGGAGCGGCAGCAGGACAAGCUGCUGCCGGAGACGCCACCGUGA